AUGCCAAAGGAUUCAGGCGGUAUGGUGAACGCAGCCAUACAUGUAGGUCGACUCAACGUCACACCCACCAACUGUACUGGUCAGGCUAGGAUAUUUCCAGCUCUGGCCUGUGGGGAAGAGGAAGACAAAGAUGACAAGCUGUCACGAGCUCACGUGUGUACCAACACACAGGGUUCCUCAGUAACAUCAAAGAUACUUGUACGCCAACUGUCACAAGCAAGGAUAUGGCCCCUACAAGAGAUGAACAUGAACGCGAAAUCGCCACGGCCGAGGCGGCGGCUAUUGGAUACUCCAAGACGUUCCGAUUUCGUAGCGUCGAGGAGCGUGGGGCUUCGGGAAGAACAUAUCCUGGUUCCAAGCUGGAGUCUAAGAGCGUUGAGGCCUGUUCCUUGUCACGUCAAGCCCAGUUUCCGUCGUAUGUGCUUGAAGGCGUCCAACCACUGCGGAGAACCUGUGAUAGCUGCACAAAUCUGGCGUGUCUUCUCGGGCUUCGGCGAUGUCGCUUUGCUCCCAAUCGAACGCAACGAAGCAUGA